GCUAUUUUUCCUUAUUAAAAACAAAAGUUGGAGCUAUGCGUGUUUUGAGUUAGGAGCGUGGUCACGGAAUGAAUUCCACUCAUAUCUCAAGGCAGCACUGUGUACACAGUAUAACUUUAUAGCACAUAUACAGUGGACAGGGUAGACCGAGUGACCCAGUUAAGAAUCUGAAGGGCAGGUUAUGAUGUGAUGUCUGUGCUCAGCAGACAUCAGUUAAAAAAUAAUUUGCAUGACAAAUAUUUGUCAGGGGGCGUCCGUCGGAGGGCGUUGAUGCCCACGGUCGCGCAACGGGCCUUAAGUAGGAGCACCGAGCUGGGCGCUAGCACAUUCCCCCCUGACAUCUGACAUCCCGAGAUGGUGUACCAGUGGUUGAUUGCUGCCUUGCUGCUGUGCGGCCCGGCUGGGCUUUGGGCUCAGGAUGCCUCAAGCGACCAGCAGGUAGCGUUCUCAGUGGCCCUGAAAUCCAACGACCAGGCGCCCGACGACCACGGCCCCUUCAACACAGAAACCACCCUGGUGUUCAAGAGAGUGGUCACCAAUGUGGGGAACGGCUAUGACGACAACACAGGCAUCUUCACUGCCCCCGUCAAAGGUCUCUACUUCGUCACCUUGACUGGCGCCGCCGGGUCGGAGGGGGGCAUGAACGCGGCGGUGAUAAAGAACGGCGUCAACAUGUUCGCCAUCGCCGACAACCAGAACAAGUUCAGCAGCGCCACCAACAGCAUGGCGCUGCAACUAGAUGCAGGGGAUAAGCUGUGGGUCACCUUGUGGGCCAACCAGAGGAUCUUUGACCAGAGCCGACUCACCACCUUCAGCGGUUUCCUCAUCAGCCCACUCCCCUAACGUCACCUGAGGCUGAC